AUGGCGAACAAACAGAGUCACCCUGUAAAACUUUAUGCCCUGAAUGACCGCAUGCAGUGGGAGAAUCAGGGCGUGGGGUAUAUCACCUCAGUUGACAUACAAUCCCAGGGCGUGUCUCUAUUAGUUACUUCGGAGUCCAGCGGCUCACUACUUCUGGAGUCGAAGAUAUUGCCAGACACACCCUAUCAGAAACCAAAGGACACCUUAAUUGUUUGGUCUGAAGCUGAGAACCAUGGAAUGGCACUGAGUUUCCAAGACGCAGCAGGUUGUCAGAAAAUCUGGGAAGACAUUUGCCGCGUUCAAGGUAAAGACUCUUUAGUCAGUAUUACGCAAGACCUCUUGAGUGAUGUAGAAGUCUCUGAGGAAACACUAGAAACUGAUAAUAUGGGUGACCCGCCUAACUGUGAACUCAGUGAACUUGAAAAAAUUGCUAGCUUUGUUAUCUCUGCUUUCUCUUCAUCUGACAGUAAGAGAAAGGUGGCCUCAGUCUUGGAAAAUGAGAACUAUAUUAAAAAAAUACUGCAGCUAUUUUACUCUUGUGAGAAGCUAGGAUACACUGAAGGCUUAUACCACUUGCACACAAUUAUUAAAGGGAUCUUAUUCCUCAACAAGAUGCCUCUUCUUAAGACAAUGUUUUCUGAUGAGUGUAUCAUGAAUGUGGUGGGAUGCCUUGAAUACGACCCUGCUUCACCUCAGCCAAAGAGGCAUCGAGAAUUCUUGACCCAAAAUGCAAAGUUUAAGGAAGUUGUACCUAUAACAGCCUGUCAACUUAGGCAAAAAAUACAUCAAACAUACAGGGUACAGUAUAUUCAAGACAUCCUUUUGUCUGCAUCAUUUGUGAUGGAAGAGAAUUGUCUCUCUGCCCUUAAUACUUUUAUAUUCCUCAACAAGUUGGAGAUAGUCCACAUGCUGCAGAGAGAUGACAACGUUUUGCCUCAAGUUUUCACACAGUUAAAGGCAAAGUCUACUAAUAAUGAUAAACGACUUGAACUGAUGCUGUUUUUCAAAGAAUUCUGUACAUUCAGUCGGAUGUUAAAGCCUCAAAGCAAGGAUGCGCUAUUCACAACAUUGACACAAAUGGGAAUUCUUCCUACUCUGAAAACUGUAAUGAGCCUGGGUGAUUCGCAAAUAAGGUCAGCUGCUACUGACAUAUUUUCUUACCUAGUGGAGCAUAGUCCAUCCAUGAUCCGUGAAUUUACAAUAGAGGAAGCCCAGCAGAAUGAAAAAGGCAACCUUCUCAUUAAUUUAGUAAUUAAACAAAUGACCUGUGAUACUGAUCCUGAGCUAGCAGAUGCUGUUGUUAUAAUGGAACUUCUUCGUUGCCUACUUGAUCCAGACAAUAUGUUAAUAACACCUAAAUGUGAAAGAAGUACAUUCCUAAAUUUUUUCUAUAAACGAUGUAUGCAUAACUUCAUAGCACCGCUUUUGGCUGCUACUUCAAGAGAUAUAUUUGAAGAGGAUCAUAUAUUUGGAGCUGACAAAAACAACAAAAAUUGCUUCAAUAAUUACCAAACAGCACAUCUGCUUAGCUUAAUUUUGGAGAUGCUCACAUUUUGUGUGCAAAAUCACACAUAUUACAUUAAACACUAUAUUUUGAGAAAAGACUUACUGAGAAAUGUCUUGAUCUUAAUGAGAUCAAGGCACACAUUCCUGGUCUUAUGUGCUCUUCGUCUUAUGAGAAGCAUGAUUGGCCUUAAAGAUGAAAUUUAUAAUAGGUACAUCAUCAAGGGAAAUCUUUUUGAACCAGUUGUAAAUGUCCUUCUGGAUAAUGGAACUCGGUACAAUAUGUUGAAUUCAGCUGUCCUUUCACUGUUUGAAUACAUAAGAGCAGAAAAUAUAAAGUCUCUCACUGCACAUAUAGUUGAAAAGUUUUACAAAAAACUUGAAGGGAUUGAGUAUGUUCAGAUAUUCAAAGGUCUGAAGUUUAAACAUGAAGAAGAGGAAAAUCGAAAAAGUCAAGUACAGAAGCGUUUGAAUUCUAUGGCAAGUAGUAAACUGUGUUUCAGAAGUGCCAAAGUCUUGGAGGAGGAAGAAGUCUGUUUUAAAGGAAAUAUAGGGGAAGGAGAAGCAAGAAUGCCAACACUGGAAAAUGAUUUUCAAGAUGUUUAUGAUAAAUUUAUGGACAUGAAAAAAAAAGAAAAUGAUGACAAGGUAAAUAUUUGUAAAAUGACAUCUUCUGAUGACUAUAAAUUUACUUUUUUCCAUUCUGCUGGUGCUGCUAAUGAAACAGAUAGCCCAGUUGGUAGUACCAUAAUGAGAUUGGUGGAUUAUCCAGAUGAUGAGGAUGAGGAGGAGGAAGAACACACAACCCUCAGGCAAAGACCAUGUCUUGACCCGUAA